CUGCACGGAGGGCACAGCUCCCACCACUCCACAGGAAGAAAACAUUAACAGUACACAAAGCUGCGAGGAUCUUGCUACAUCCGGUGCCAGCGCGAUAAGAGGCACACUGGCGCCCUUACCCAAGUGCCGCUUCAUCUAAUAUUAACACAACACUUCACCAUACUAGAGGAGUGAUGACAUGCAUGAGCACCACAGUUUCUAUUCUUUCCUCGCCACACCCACCGAGGCUUGAAGUGGCGUGUUGAGGCCCGCGAAGCACCCAGGGCUCAAGACACAAACCACUUUGCUCUGAGCAGCACCCGGCCACGGUCGCCUUGGUUAGGUGCUCUGGCCAGCAAUUAUUUGCGAUGCAGUUCCUUGUGUUCCUCGCCAUGGGCGUGGCCGUGGCCCAGGCAAGCGCCACGCCUCCCACAGCUGAGGAGAAUAGCUGUUCAGGCCUCAAGGACGAUCGCUCCCUUCUGUCCAGCCUACUAGCGGUAACUGGCUACAGUGAUGCUUGCGUGGCCGCCGCCCUGGACUUCUGUAGUAGUGGACAAGAGGACAGCCGCUACGCGUCCCUCAUGGAGGAGGCGAGGGAAGUGGUGCAGCAGGUCAGUGCUGCUGUAAACAAAUGGGAGUCUCGGCCGCGUCACUGCAAGGACUUACUGGACUCCGGGGACAGCGGGAGCGGCCUGCGCCAGGUAUACCCUUACCCUGGGCGACCCCACCACCGCGUGCCCGUGUUUUGUGACCACACCGUCGACGGCGGGGGAUGGACCGUCUUCCAGCGGCGCACCAGUGAUGCCGUCCGCCAAGAUUUCUACCGCACUUGGGUCGAGUAUCAGUUGGGCUUUGGUGACCUGGAGGGUGAAUUCUGGCUGGGCCUUGACCUUCUGCACCAGCUGACCUCCACCACCCUGCAGCAGCUACGAAUUGACCUGGACGAUUACGAGGGAGAACAUCGGUGGGCCAAGUAUGGAUUCUUCCACGUGGGCGCACCAGAGACCAAGUUCCGCCUCAGUGUUGGAAGUUACAGUGGAGACGCAGGGGACAGCUUCACAAGGCACAACGGCCAAGCAUUCAGCACCCAUGAUGCUGACAACGACAGUCAUAAGACUUAUAACUGUGCCGAAAGCCGACGAGGAGCUUAUUGGUAUGACAACUGCGCAGAUUCUAACCUGAACGGCUACCAGUAUAUGGGCAACUACACCUCCUUCGCCGAUGGUAUUCACUGGAAUCAUUGGAGAGACCACCAGUACUCCCUGAAGCGAACAUCCAUGAUGACUCGCCCCGCCUUCUGACCCACUCAGACUAACGUGGCGUUGUUAUGUAUUUCAUUAUAUCCUGUAAUUUAAAUACACAAGCAGGUAGGGUCUCUCUCUCUCUCUCUCUCUCUCUCUCUCUCUCUCUCUCUCUCUCUCUCUCUCUCUCUCUCUCUCUCUCUCUCUCUCUCUCGUUCACUGUGCAGUGUAUCAUCCUUGCUGUUGACAAAUGUCAUUAACAACAAAAUAAGCCAAUAAUAAAUUCAUCAUUGCCUUGA